AUGGUGACAGUUAGAUCAGUUAUUGCUUUGGUUGCAGCUCAGAAAUGGCAUAUACAUAAGAUGGAUGUAUACAAUGCUUUUCUUCAAAGAGAUUUACAAGAAGAGGUAUACAUGGAGUUGCCUAAAGGUUUUAAUGUUCUAGCUAUAGAUGGUCAAGCAAGAAGUAUUUUGGGGCUAGGAGGUACUAAGCCAGUUAGAGCAACUGUGGAAGUCAAUCAAAAGUUAACUUCAGUUUUAUUUGAUCAACAUGUUCACUCACAGCAUGAUCCUAUGUUGAAUGAUUCGGGUCCAUAUCAAAGACUAGUAGGGAGGUUACUUUAUUUGACUAUAGCUAGGACAGACAUCUCAUUCGCGAUCCAAAAUCUUAGUCAAUUUAUGCAUUCACCUAAACAGUCUCACAUGGAAGCUACUACCAGAGUGGUGAAGUAUAUAAAGCAAGCACUAAGAGUGGGAAUUCUCAUGUCAUCUACUGUUUCUUCUAAGCUACAUGCUUAUUGUGAUGUUGAUUGGGGUUCAUGUCUUACAACUAUAAAAUCAGUAAGUGGGUAUGCAGUGAAGAUAUGUGAUUCACUAUGGAAGUCAAAGAAGUAG